CUUAACGCGCACCGCGCGCGCUGGCUCUCGCAUCGACGGGGCGACCAGCCACUGAGUGGCUGCGCUCCGAGCAGACACCAUGGCUGCACGAAAUCGCCGCCUGAAAUCAUCAUCGCCUCAGCGACGAUUCUCGUGCUUGUGUAUAUCCUGACAAAGAAUCGACAAACGUGCUCUCAUCCUUCUUCUCCUGCUCGGCCGUAAGUGUGUGCCCCUCGGCGGGGCAGCGCGAUUCGAAACCCGGUAGAACAGCAGCGGCGAUAGAUCCCCUAUGCGGGAAGUAUUCGUCGCCACGUCCUGACGACGGUGGUACGGCUGACUUGCACGCAGUGCUGAAAGAUGUCGUUCGCGCAGGACGCAGCCGGUCUUCUAGUGUGGAUACUCGUUGCUGUGAUCUCGUUCACCUGUAAAGGCUGCGAAGGUAACGACGAUGCAAAACGGUUGUACGAUGACCUUCUGGCGAGCUACAAUCCCCUGGGGAGGCCCGUGAGGAUGCAUAACCUCACCGUCGAGGUUACGUUGGGACUUAAACUCACCCAACUGAUUGAUGUGAACGAACGCGAUCAAGUAAUGACCACAAACGUGUGGGUGCAACAGGAGUGGAAUGACUAUAGACUAUGUUGGCGGCCCUCAGACUACGGUGGCGUGAAGGUACUAUAUGUACCGUCGGAGCUCAUAUGGAACCCCGAUCUUGUGCUUUAUAAUAACGCCGAUGGCGUGUACCAAGUGACGUUGAUGACGAAGGCGAAGGUGCACUACGACGGUCGCAUCGUCUGGGAGCCGCCGGCGAUCUACAAGAGCUCGUGCGACAUUCAGGUGAAGUACUUUCCGUUCGACGUGCAAAUGUGCGAGAUGAAGUUCGGCUCGUGGACGUACGACCGCCGACAGGUCAAUCUGAAGCACAAGAACUUCAGCGGCGACUACAAGGAGUACGCCAUCGACCUGUCGGAGUUUGUCAUCAGCAUCGAAUGGGACCUGAUGCGUGUGCCGGGGCAGCGCUGCUGCCGCUGCAAGUGCAAGCAGGACGACAGCAGCGGCAGCGGCUGCUGCCCAUGCUGCGACGAGGAUCUGUUCGUGGACAUCAAGUAUCAGCUGGAGCUGCGCCGGCGGACGCUCUUCUACACGGUCAACUUCAUCAUCCCGUGCGUGUCGCUGUCGUUCCUUACCGUCUGCACGUUCUACCUGCCCGUCGUCAGCGGCGAGAAGAUCUCGCUGUGUAUCUCGAUUCUCGUCAGCUUGACCGUCUUCUUCCUGCUGCUGUCGGAGACGAUACCGCCGACGUCGCUCGUCACGCCGCUCAUCGGCAAGUACCUGCUCUUCACGCUCUUCAUGGUAACAAUGUCCGUCUGCGUGACCGUAUACGUGCUCAACGUGCACUACCGCAGUCCGCGCACGCACGACAUGAACCCGUGGCUGAAGCGCGUCUUUCUCGAGAUACUGCCGCCGCUGCUCAUCAUGCGACGACCGGAGUUCCAGAAGGAUCAGACGUCGAUGAGUCUCGCUGAGACGAGCAAGCGCUUCUCGCGCCUCAUGUCCGUCGACAACGACAUUCUCAUUCAGCAGAUGCGGCUGCAGAACUCGAAACCGACGAGUUCGGACGUGCAGACGGCUAUGGAGGACGUGCAGUACAUAGCGCAGCAUAUACAGGAGGAGGAUGAAAUCAACUCGGUGAGGGAAGACUGGCAAUACAUUGCCAUGGUACUGGACAGACUUUUUCUUUAUUUCUUUUCGGCGGCGUGCGUUAUUGGAACGCUUGGAAUGAUGCUCAGCGCUCCCGCGAUAUACGACUUCUCGGAACCGGUGACAGAGCUGCUGAAGAAGAAAACAAAUACUUGACUAUAGACAAUUCGUAUUUGUAUCGCAUUUUUAAAUUCCGCAUCGUCAUCAACCCGCGGUUCUCUGAUAGGUUAUUGGUAGGGGAGGGAAGGGAAGGGAAGGGGGGAGGGUAUGGAAAGUCAUGAAUGUUCGUGUUUUUAUUAAAUUCGCCAGCGAAUGACUAUUAUCUUGCUUUCGUUUGUCGAAUGGAGAAAACUUUACGCGUUACUCGAUUAUCAAUAAAAUGUUUUUUUGUAAGUCA